AUGCCCAGCAAACGAAAGCCUGCCGUCUCUCGAGCGGCAGAGACCGACGAAGACGAAUAUUUGCCGGAUGAGACCUCCCCCCUUCUCUCGGAUCAGCAAGAAGAUGAUGGCGACGUCGACCAACCCGCAGUCUCGACGACGACCCGAGCGAAGAAGUCGAAGGGAGAACGACGCAAAUCGCGAUGGCCGUCCUUCAUCGCCAUCAUCGUCCUUGCCGCUCUCGUCAUCUCCAUCAUCGUUCUCGGCUUCAUAGUCCCUCCAGCUGUUCAGGAGUAUGUCGAAAAGAGCGUCAUCAUCGAACCUACGAGCCUGUCGCUCGAGUCCUUGACCGCCGACGGCGUUCGCAUCCGUGUCCAGGCCCACUUUCGUCUCGAUGGAUCCCGUGUUGCCGAUGAGAACGCGCAGCGGAUCGGUAGGAUUGCCACAAGCAUCAUACGACGGUUCGGCGCCGGCGAGACGAAGCUGGACGUUCGCCUUCCUCAGUACGGCAACAAUCUCCUCGGCACCGCCGUUGUGCCCCCCCUCUCCGUCGAUCUGGUGGAUGGGCAUAACAAUGAGUUGGAUUUCGUGACCGAUGUUGUGCCCGGAAACCCCGACACCGUGCGCAAUGUUGUCAAUGAUUGGUUGAAGGGCAAUCUCAAUCAACUCAAAGUGUCAGGACGCGCAACCCUGAGUCUCAGUGCUGGGUUUAUACCCCUUGGAACGCACGACGUGCUGGAAUCUAUGGUUUUUGAAGCCCACGAGAUUCCGUCGCUCCCCGAGUACAAGAUAGAACAGCUCGUUUUUCAUGAUGUCCCUGUCGGUGACGACGGCCAGAUGGGCGUUGGUGCCAACGUCACCGUCACAUUGCGCAACGACUACCCCGUGGCGCUGACCGUCCCGUCGCUUGGCUUUGAAGUCCUUGUUCCCAACUGCGAUCCAUCAGAGCCCAACAUCAAGGUCGCCUCGGCCGUCACAACCGUCAUUGACAUCCGUUCGAAAUCCAAAGUCACCGCCGAGGCGAAAGGGGUCAUGCGCGAAUUGCCCGAGUCUCUGACGAAAGCCUGCCCGAACACAAAGUUAUCCCCAUUGGACAGCUUCAUGGAGCGCUACCUUCAUGACGAGACAGCACAAGUGUUCGUCCGCGGCGACCCGUCAGGUCUCGCCGAUGUCCCCGACUGGGCUGGCGAACUCCUCACGAGCAUCACCGUUCCCAUCGGCUUCCCCGGUCGUUCCUUGGAUAACUUCAUCCGAAACUUCUCGUUAACCGACGUCGACUUCAAGCUGCCCAGCCCCAUUGCCGAUCCCAAUGGCCCGGACAGCAAUCCUCGCGUGUCCGGAACAGUCCAGGUCUUGGCAGCGUUGCCGCCGGGCUUGAACAUCGACCUCACUGUUGACCGCCUGAGGGCGAACGGCACCCUGUACUACAAGUCUCGGAAGUUUGGAGAGCUGCACCUUGAUAAAUGGCAAAAGGCCCACUCGACCAUCACCCCGGGCCGUGAGGACGAAGAAGACAUCAUCGCCAUCAUCUCUCGUAUUGUCGACGCUCCCGUCAAGAUUACCAACGGCGAAAUUUUCAGAGACAUUGUGCAGAAGCUUCUCUUUGGCGACAAGGAUAUCCUUCUCGACGUCGAAGCUUCCGUCGAUGUUGAGAUCACGACGGUACUGGGCAAGUUGAUUGUGAAAGAUGUCCCUGCUGAGGGCAAGGUGCCAGUCAAACACAUACCCGGUCGCACCAUCGGGGCUCUUCAGCCGCAGAUUCGCGAUGUUCGAAUUGUAAACACCUCUCAUACCGGCGUACUGUUGCAAGCAGCGGUUCGUGUGACGAAUCCUACGCCAUAUUCGGCGACGGUACCAUACGUCAGCCUUCACAUCAUGAAGGAUGGGCUCCUGAUUGGAGAGGCCAUCGCCAAAGAUAUUCAUCUUCGGCUUGGAGACAGCUCCGACAUAAAAAUAAGUCUGACUUGGGAUCCCCUGACGUUUGGGGGGGAGACAGCGCGACGCGUCAGUCGUCGACUGCUGUCCGAAUAUCUCUCCGGAAAGAACACAACCAUCGAAGUCAGAAGUCAUCGCGGGACCAUUCCAGCAAUACCCAUCCUUGGGGAGGCGCUCUCCAAGAUCAACAUCACACUCGACACGCCUCGGAUAAAGCUGCCAGAGGGGGACGACGACAGCGAGGGCCAAGGCUUCGUGCGACACGCCACCUUCCACCUCCUCUCAUCAACGGCCACGUUCAUGCUUGCGUCGCCGCUUCGCCGCGACACUGCCCACAUUGAGCACAUCAACGCGACGGCCUUUUACAACCAUACCGAGCCAGUCGGGGAGAUCCUGCACGAGGAACCCUUUGACGCACCGCCCGGAAUAUCGCAAACACCGCGGUUAUCGGUCGAAUGGUCCACAUCACAUGUUGGCUUUGACAAGCUCAAGGAAGCCCUCGGCGGCACGCUGGAGCUUGACGCAGUGGCAGACGUCACCGUCAGGUUGGGAAACUGGGUUGAGAAGGUAAAAUAUGAGGGAAAAGGCAUCGGCGCAAAAAUAUCUCUGUAG